GAAGCAGUGGCUGCUCCAUGGUGGGGAGAGGGUGGCAGUGGCCCACGUGUGGACCCCAGCACCUUCCUCUCUAACGGCCCCUGGACACAGCACCCUUUGUUCUGGCCCUGCCACCCCCACGCCGCAUGCCUGAGCCCCUGGAUUAGCUUGGAAAGCCGGGAGCCCUCCUGGAAUGUGGCCGGCAGGGGCACACGAGGACUGGGGGCUGUGUCCCCCAGCCCCAGGCUAGGAUCCUCUGGGCUCUGUGUCCUCUGCCUGAGGCCCCCGGAGUUGGAGGGGUCCCCUUAACCCUCCUGGCCAGGCCAGGCCAGGGGUCCCACUCACAGGCCCUGCUGGCUCGGUGCCCGUAGUCCCCCAGCCCUCUCCCCUUCCUGGGCCAAAGCCUCUUAGCAGGAGUGAGGUGGGGGCCGCUCUAAGCCCCAGGCCCGAGACAGGGAGUGAGCUGGCAGUGGUGAUCGAAGGCUGCUAGGUACGGGGAGUCUGAGCCCCAGCUGGGUCAGUGUCACGGGAGCCUGCGAGGCCAGACGGUUCCCCCUCCGCAGGCUUCAGGAGAUGAGGCUGAUGCCCAGAGCAGGACAGGCCGGGGCCUGACAGGGAGAAACCCUCCCAAGGGAGCCUUCCUGACGUCCAGGCUCAGCAGAGGCGGUGGAGAUGGGAGCUGGCGGCCCCCGGCGGGGUGUGGACCCCCCAGACGGCGGCUGGGGCUGGGUAGUGUUGACCGCCUGCUUCGUGGUCACCGGCUUCGCCUAUGGCUUCCCCAAGGCCGUGAGCGUCUUCUUUCGCUCGCUCAUGCGCGACUUUGGCGCCGGCUACAGCGACACGGCCUGGGUGUCCUCCAUCAUGCUGGCCAUGCUCUACGGCACGGGGCCCGUGUCCAGCGUCCUCGUGACGCGUUUUGGCUGUCGCCCGGUGAUGCUGGCGGGCGGGCUGCUGGCCGCGGCGGGCAUGAUCCUGGCCUCCUUCGCGCGGCGCCUGCUGGAGCUGUACCUGACGGCCGGCGUGCUCACAGGCCUGGGCCUGGCCCUCAACUUCCAGCCGUCGCUCAUCAUGCUGGGGCUGUACUUCGAGCGGCGGCGGCCUCUGGCCAACGGGCUGGCGGCGGCGGGCAGCCCGGUGUUCCUCUCCGCGCUGUCGCCGCUCGGCCAGGUGCUGCUCGAGCGCUUCGGCUGGCGCGGCGGCUUCCUGCUCUUCGGCGGCCUCUUGCUGCACUGCUGCGCGUGCGGAGCCGUCAUGCGGCCGCCGCCGACGGGCUUGGGCCCCCGGCCGCGCGCGGACCGCGCCGAGGACCCCGCCGCCGGGGACGCGCCCGAGGACGCGCAGGCCGUGGGCGCGCGGCGAAACCCGCGCGACGCGCUCCCUAGCGGCCGGGCCCGCCGGCGCCUGCUGGACGUGGCCGUGUGCACCGACCGUGCCUUCGUCGUGUACGUGGUCACCAAGUUCCUGAUGGCGCUUGGGCUCUUCGUCCCCGCCAUCCUGCUGGUGAACUACGCCAAGGACGCGGGCGUGCCCGACACAGACGCCGCCUUCCUGCUGUCCAUCGUGGGCUUCGUCGAUAUCGUGGCGCGGCCGGCGUGCGGAGCCCUGGCGGGUCUGCCGCGCCUGCGACCGCACGUCCCCUACCUCUUCAGCCUGGCCCUGCUGGCCAACGGGCUCACGGACCUGGGCAGCGCGCGCGCGCGCUCCUACGGCGCUCUGGUCGCCUUCUGUGUGGCCUUUGGCCUCUCUUACGGCAUGGUAGGCGCGCUGCAGUUCGAGGUGCUCAUGGCGGCGGUGGGCGCACCCCGCUUCCCCAGUGCGCUGGGCCUGGUGCUGCUCGUGGAGGCCGUGGCCGUGCUCAUCGGACCGCCCUCUGCCGGCCGCCUGGUGGAUGCCUUGAAGAACUAUGAGAUCAUCUUCUACUUGGCUGGCUCCGAGGUGGCCCUGGCUGGGGUCUUUAUGGCUGUUGCCACCCACUGUUGCCUACGCUCCCGAUCUCAAUCUCCGGAGACUGCGGCUGGCACAGCCACCAAGGGUGCCGCUAGAGAGGCCGAAGACACCGAGGCAGAGGGGGAUUCGGAGCCACUGCCUGCCGACACCGAGCAGCCAGGCAGUAUGCAGGUCCUGCAGAUGCUGAGCCCCCGGGCCGGGGCAGUGGAACCGGAGGUGGAGGCAGAACCAGGCCCUGGCCAGGAGUCUGUGUAGCGCGUUGGGCGAGGCCGCCUGGGGGCUCCACAACAGUGGCUUCCUCUUUCCGGCACACUGGUAGCAGCCGGGUGGUCAUCCCCUGGGGCAAGCCCGGGAACAUCCUGGAAACAUCCUUCCCAUUCGCCAGCCCCUGUCCCCUUGCUGCUCAAACAGCUGCGGGGCGACAGAAAUCAAAUCCAUAAAGUUCAGCUGAAGGACAA